CGCCGGCUCCGCGUGGGUGGCGGCCGCGCAGAGCGGUGGCUCUGCGCCCGCAGAGCGGCGGCGGGCCGGGCAGGGCUGUUCCAUUCCAUUCCAUUCCAUUCCAUUCCAUUCCAUUCCAUUCCAUUCCAUUCCAUUCCGUUCCGUUCCGUUCCGUUCCGUGCUGGGCUGUGUCGGGCUGAGCUGCACGGGGGCCGGGCGGGGCGGGAGCGGCGGCGCUGCGCUGCGCGGGGCGGCGCAGCGCGGAGCAGUGCGGUGCGGAGCAUGUCGGCGCUGCGGCGGAAGCUGGGGGAUGAGUACCAGGUGGUGAGCACCUCGGCCAGCGGCGGGGGGCUGCCCCCGCCCCGGGCGGCCCCGCGAGGGAAGCGGCAGCGCUUCGUGGACAAGAACGGGCGGUGCAACGUGCAGCACGGGAACCUGGGCGGCGAGACUAGCCGGUACCUCUCGGACCUCUUCACCACGCUGGUGGACCUCAAGUGGCGCUGGAACCUCUUCAUCUUCAUCCUCACCUACACCGUGGCCUGGCUCUUCAUGGCCUCCAUGUGGUGGGUGAUUGCCUACAUGCGGGGCGACCUCAACAAGGCGCACGAUGACAGCUACACCCCCUGCGUGGCCAACGUCUACAACUUCCCCUCUGCCUUCCUCUUCUUUAUAGAGACUGAAGCCACCAUCGGCUAUGGGUACCGCUACAUCACGGACAAAUGCCCUGAGGGCAUCAUUCUCUUCCUCUUCCAGUCCAUCCUGGGCUCCAUUGUGGACGCCUUCCUCAUUGGCUGCAUGUUCAUCAAGAUGUCUCAGCCCAAGAAGAGGGCUGAGACCCUGAUGUUCAGUGAGCACGCUGCCAUCUCCAUGCGGGAUGGCAAGCUCACGCUCAUGUUCAGGGUGGGCAACCUUCGCAACAGCCACAUGGUCUCUGCACAGAUCCGCUGCAAGCUGCUCAAAUCCCGCCAGACCCCAGAGGGCGAGUUCCUCCCACUCGAUCAGCUGGAGCUCGACGUGGGCUUCAGCACAGGGGCUGACCAGCUUUUCCUUGUGUCCCCGCUCACCAUCUGCCAUGUGAUUGAUGCCAAGAGCCCCUUCUACGACCUCUCCCAGCGCAGCAUGCAAACGGAGCAGUUUGAGAUUGUCGUCAUCCUGGAGGGCAUCGUGGAAACGACGGGGAUGACAUGCCAAGCCAGGACUUCCUAUACUGAGGAUGAGGUGCUCUGGGGUCAUCGUUUCUUUCCUGUUAUCUCCUUGGAAGAAGGAUUCUUUAAAGUCGAUUACUCCCAGUUCCAUGCAACGUUUGAGGUACCCACCCCACCGUACAGCGUAAAGGAGCAAGAGGAAAUGCUGCUCAUGUCCUCUCCCUUGAUAGCACCCGCUGUGAGCAACAGCAAGGAAAGGAAUAACUCGGUGGAGUGCCUGGAUGGUCUUGAUGAAGUUGGCACAAAGCUACCUUCAAAACUGCAGAAAAUAACUGGGAGGGAAGACUUUCCCAAAAAACUCCUCAGGAUGAGUUCCACCACCUCUGAGAAGGCCUACAGCAUGGGGGAUUUACCCAUGAAACUUCAGCGGAUCAGCUCGGUCCCUGGGAAUUCGGAGGAGAAACUGGUGUCUAAAACCACAAAGAUGAUGUCAGAUCCCAUCAGCCAGUCAGUGGCCGACCUGCCACCGAAGCUGCAGAAGCUCUCAGGCGGCGGCAGGAUGGAAGGGAACCUUCCACCCAAACUGCGAAAAAUGAAUUCGGACCGGUUUACAUAACCUGGCGGGACUUCCAGCUAUCAUUUAGAGCUUGAACUGGCAGUGUGGGCAGGAGAGCAGGUCCUCCACCAGCCGUAUGUGUGCUAAACUCUCUGGUCCCAGUGCACCGGGAGGCAGCAGCGUCCCCUCGGUAGUGGUGGCUGUGCUGUAAGUACAAACAACAGGAUGAUCGGCGAGCUGAUGUUCAUUGGCAUGUAGUAUCACAACACGCAUGCAAUAAUAGUGUGCAAUUUUUGCAUAUAGUUUUAUGGCAUGACUCCUACUAUAUUUAUACUGUAUAUUCUGAAAAAUGUGGAAAGGGGUGUUCCUUUCCCUUGUAUUUCUUAAGAGUAAGUAGUAGGUAAAACAUGCAAGUGAGUAACUUUCAGGGUGAGUUAUAAUUUGAUUUGAAAAUGCUUAUUUUUUUUCCUGAUAUGGAUUGUGAUGUUUUGUUCAGCAAAGUAGUUAUAGUGCAUGUCUUUUUCUUAAAAGAAGGUGUAUUGGUUAAUUCCUAACACCAAAUCUGCUAGCCUUAAAUUAACUGCUGGUUUCUAUUUUGCUUUAACAUUUUCUUGGGAUUUCUUUUUCUGCAUCUAGGCUACCAGAAAAAAAAAAUGUAUUUCAUAAGGCAUUGUUUAGGGAGGAAAGUCGUAUUAAUAAGCCUAGGCAAAACAAUAAAUAAAUGAAUAAAAUUUGCAGUUUAGAUACAAUUAGUAAAAUUUUUUAAAGAUCUUUGUGAUUUGUAAUAUUUGUGCAAGAAAACCAUUUAAAUAAACAGGAUGUGCUUGAUUUCUCAUGUUGAUAGAAUAGCUGAACAUGAAAUUAGCUGAAUGUCUCCACAAAGCCAAGCAGGCAUUUAUUCUGGAUGAACCCCAAAGGUAGAGUCACAAUUCCCCCUACUUCCACAGUGCCCAGAUUUUGCUCAUUCUUGCUUUGAUGGCCCAGCUGGGCCAGCAGCGAUGCAGGUGGUGGUCGCUGAGCUGCGGUCUAGCAGCCAUAGCUGUGUGGAGUCGCGGCAAGUCCCAAGCCAGUGGCAUCGUUCAUUACUGCUUUCGCUAUGGUGAAAAUAAUGUUUAAACACGUUCUUAACUGAAGUUGACCCUGUGGGUUUCAAAAUGAGUAAUACUUUGUAUAAAUGUUUGGUUUGAUAUCCUUCUGUGCUUGUGUUUGGGUUUCCUUUAUCCAUCUCGUUCUGCUUCGGCGGGGUUGAGUCAGGAUUAGUGUCAUACAGGUGCUCCCGUCAUCUUGGCUGGAGCACCCCACACCCCCUGGACCCUCCCCAAAAUGCCAGAGGUAGACUGUUGUGGUGUCCAGGGUCACCCAUGGUCUGUGGUCUGUGUUGGAGGGUCGGGUUGCAGUGGUUUCCUGGGGGCUCCUUUCUGGAGGAGAAGGUCUGAGUGAGAUGGAGUGAUGGGUGGCACCGUCAGAGAGCUGGGUCUGAGAGCCGCCACAAGCAGCAGCCAGGAAGGGCUCUGCAUGACAUCAUCUAUAUGUAAAAGCCUUGAUAGCCAGGUGGUCCUGGACACGGACACGUGUGGGUCAGGAGGUGUAUGCACAGUCAUGAGUGGGCACUUCUGACUCACAGGCUCUGGACCAUCCUGUAUGAAUGCUGACACUUGCUACAUAACUGGUAACAACAGAUCUGAUGAUCUUUGAGGAAAAAAUUGUUUUUGUUAUAAAUGUUGGCAUGGAAUAAGAACUCGGAAACUCAGCACUGCUGGAGGGUUGACUCAGACACCACGGUGACUCAGUGCUUUCCCUGGAAGUUGCAGUGUAUGACUUGUCAGCUGUACACCCAAGGACUUUAUACUAACUUCCAAAGUUUCUUAUAAUUUGUCAUGAUUUUUGAGUGGCACUGCAUGCUUUUUACACCUUUGGCUAUACUUAUUCUCUGCACGUUCUUGCUGAAGGGAGGGGCGUGAGUUGCUCCUUGUGUGCUGAUCCUGUGCUCUACAUGUGUGGUGAGCAGAUUGUUGAUGUGGUGAGGUAAAAUCUGGACUUGUUUUCCCCCGUUUACUAACAUUUCCUCAGGUUGUCUUGUAAAAUACCGCUGAUUUUUGUACCACAUGUAACUCUUCUACCAGUCCUUGACUGACAGCAAAGAUAGCCAUGUAUAAUUGCCAGGUGUCAACAGUAAAAACACCACCAAGUCCAAACCAGAGAGCCAAGAACAUUAAUCAGCAUGGUAAAUGCUCAGCUGAGUGCUGAGUCCUGCCGGCAAGCUUGAGCAGAUCAGUCUGGUUUUGAAAGAAGUGUCUCCUUGGCCUCUUUCAAAAACUACUUUGGUUUAUUUGGGGCGGAUGGGAGACCAUUGCCGACCUUCCCAGGAUGCUGCCAAAGUGUGACCCAACCAACCCACUGCCCUUCUGUGACAUGGCAGUUGGACUAGAUCAGUGCAGGUCCCUUCGAACGGAAAAUGUUCUGUUCUGUCCUGUCCUGUGCCGUCCUGUCCUGUCCUGUCCUACCCUACCCUACCCUACUCUACCCUACCCUGCCUUGUUCUCUUCCUCUGUGCUGCCCGCAGUUUUGUGCCUCUGGUUCGGAAGUGCAGGUGCAAGGUAGGGUUCCCUGGAGGUUGCCCAUCUUUGCUGAGUUCUCCUGCCAUCAGCUUGGGGGAUAGCUCAUGGUCCAGUUGACUUUUCUUUAUAGAAAAGUAAAUGUGACAUGUCCCCAGACUAAGAGCAAUGGUGUUUCACCAGUCCUGCCCUGGUGCCACCAGCAUCCUCCCUCCUGAAAACCAUGGGGAACGAGGAAGGGACCUGGCUUCCUGCGCCUUCAGCAGGGAGGGCAGCUGCUCAGCCUUCAGGAGAGCCAAGUGGCAUUUUUCUUUGGGAAACUUUGGGUUUAAUCUUUGUACAAGGUUGAAUUACAUAGGAUCGGUGUGAAUGUAUUCUACAAAUUGAACAUAAAGUAGGUGACAGGGAGAAAUGCUGUAGCUGUAAAAAAUACUGGCAGUCUGAGUGGAUGUAGCUUACUCAGUAGCCUGUAUGAAUAUAUCUGAAAGUAUGUGAAACACUGGAGAAGUAGCCUCCCUUUUAUUAAAUUAAUGCCAUAGAAAAUAUUAAGUUAUGAUUAGCUGAAAAGUUUGAUUUUUUUAAAUCAAAAUAUGCACUUGUCCUUGCUGGAUGCAAGAUUUCUGAGGCUUGUGGCUUGUAUUGCAAUGUGUUACAUGUGUUAAGGUGACAACAUGUACAUCUUUCAUUAAUGCGAGUGAAAGUACAAACAUGGAUAAUAACUUUAGUUAUUUAUUUUAGGAAGUUACUUCUGGUUAAUAUUUCAUUUUUAUUCGUGUAGCUACAUUCCCCCCCCCCCCCCCCCCCGCCAAUUAAUAUUUUAGCCAGCCCUAACAUUUAUGAUAAGAAAAAGUAACUGAUUGCACAGCCGGUCUGUGUUCUCUACUGCUGAAUUUAUGCUUGAAUUAUAUUGUAAAUUGUACAUAUUCAAAUUAGAACAAACUAAAUGCAUUUUCUGGCAUGCAGUCUAUAACUGUAUAAAUGUACAAGUUUAUUUGAAUUAUACACAAUAACAAACUCUUGUAUUCAUUAAUACUGCAAGCUCAGUUUUAUCUAAAGCUAUAUUAAACUUUGAAAAAUUGUUCAGUUUAAA